AUGGCCAGCGGGGGUGGUGCUGAGGCGUAUGCCCGGUACAAGCAGUAUGAGUACAAGGCCAACUCCAGUCUGGUCUUGACGACUGACACGCGCCCCAGGGACAGCCAUGAACCGUCCGGAGAGCCGGAGACGCUGUGGGGAAAGAUUGAUCCCAAGAGCUUCGGCAGCAGGGUGCAGCGGGACGUUCCGGUUGAGCUCAAGGAAAAGAAGGAGAAGGCGCAGAAGAAGAGGGAGGCGAGGGAGAGGGAAGGCAUGCUCGAGGAGGUCGCCCGCAAGAAGCGUCGCAGCAACGACUUUGACAGCCUGCUCGCGGCCGCAGAUGACGCCAUGUACCGUCCAAAAACCAAGGACACCCGCCUUGCGUAUGAAAAACUCCUUGCGGCCAUCCAAUCACAGUUUGGCGACCAGCCAAACGACAUUCUCCGGGGGGCUGCCGAUGAGGUGCUCGCAGUGCUGAAAACUGACCGGUUCCGAGACCCCGAGAAGAAGCAAGAAAUUGAGAAGCUGCUGAAUCCGAAGGGGAUGCCCUCGGAGAAGUUUGCGGAGCUGAUGGCGAUCGGGAAGGAGAUUACGGAUUACCAGGAGGCGCCAGAGGAGGUCACGCCGGGGGAGGACGGGUUGGAUGACGAUAUUGGGGUGGCCGUCGAGUUUGAGGACGAGGACGAGGAAGAGGAGAGCGACCUGGAUGAGGUCCAAGAAGAAGACGAGGACGACGAGGAAGGACAGGACACGGGGCUGGGCACCGGGGUCAACCUCGGCGACGACGAGGAAGAAGCGGGGGGCGAGAGCGAGGUUGUCAAGGUGCAGGACAUCGACGCCUACUGGCUGCAGCGGCAGGUGGCGCAGGCGUUUGGGGAGAUCGACCCCCAGCAGGCGCAGAAACUAGCAGAGGAAGUAUUGGCGACGCUUGAGGGGGACGACGAGCGGGACAUUGAGAACCGGCUCGUGAUUCUGCUGGAUUACGAUAAGUUUGAUCUGAUCAAGAAGCUGAUGGGGAACCGGUUGCGGGUGGUCUGGUGCACGCGGUUGGCGAGGGCGAAGGACGACGAGGAGCGGAAGGGGAUCGAGGCGCAGAUGACGGCGGACGAAACGUUGGCCGGGAUCGUGGACCAGAUCCACGCCACGCGGACGUCCGCAAAGAAGCGCCAGGAGAACCUCGAGAAGACGAUCAAGGACGAGGCGCGGCGGCUGCGCAAGGGCACGGUGGAAGAAGAUAUGAUGGAAGAGGACGGGCUCGAGGGGCCGCAGAAGCGGGGCGGGAGGAAAGAAGAGGGAAGCCAAGAGGGUUGGGCCAAGGGCCAGCGGCAGCUGCUGGAACUCGACUCUCUAGCGUUCCAGCAGGGCGCGCACCUGAUGGCCAACAAGCGGUGCGAGCUGCCCGCCGGGAGCUACCGCACGCAGAAGAAGGGCUACGAGGAGGUGCACGUGCCCGCUCUGAAGCCGAAGCCGUUCGGCGACAACGAGGAGCUGGUGAAGAUCGAGGCGAUGCCCGAGUGGGCGCAGCCCGCGUUCCAGGGCAUGAAGUCGCUCAACCGGGUGCAGAGCCGCGUGUACGACGCGGCGCUGUUCAGCGCGCGCAAUCUGCUGCUCUGCGCGCCGACGGGCGCCGGGAAGACGAACGUCGCGCUGCUGACGAUGCUGCACACGAUCGAGCUCCACGGGCGGCGCGGCCGUACCGACGGCACGGUGGACACAAGCGCGUUCAAGAUCGUGUAUGUCGCGCCAAUGAAGGCGCUGGUGGCGGAGAUGGUGGGCAACUUCUCGGAGCGGCUCAAGCCGUACGGUGUGAACGUGCGCGAGCUGACGGGGGACCAGAGCCUGACCAAGGGCCAAAUCGACGACACCCAGGUCAUUGUGACGACGCCCGAGAAGUGGGACAUCAUCACCCGCAAGUCGGGCGACCGGGCGUACACGCAGCUCGUCAAACUAGUUAUCAUCGACGAGAUCCACUUGCUGCACGACAACCGCGGGCCCGUCCUCGAGAGCAUCGUCGCGCGCACCGUGCGCCAGAUGGAAACCACGCAGGAGGCGAUUCGCCUCGUCGGCCUUUCCGCGACGCUCCCCAACUACGAGGACGUGGCGACGUUCCUGCGCGUCGAUCUGGACAACGGGCUAUUCUACUUUGACAACAGCUACCGGCCGUGCCCGCUCGCGCAGCAGUACAUCGGGGUCACGGUGCGCAAGCCGCUGCAGCGUUUCCAGCUCAUGAACGACAUCUGCUACGAGAAGGUGCUCGCGUCUGCCGGGAAGCACCAGGUGCUCAUCUUCGUGCACUCGCGCAAGGAGACCGGCAAAACCGCCAAGGCGAUCCGCGACACGGCCCUCAGCAACGACACGCUUGGGAAGUUCCUCAAGGACGAUUCCGCCAGCCGCGAGAUCCUGGCAGCGGAAGCGGAGAACGUCAAGUACAACGAUCUGAAGGACCUGCUGCCUUACGGGUUUGCGUGCCACCACGCCGGGAUGACGCGCGCCGACCGGACGCUCGUCGAGGACUUAUUUGCGGACGGGCAUAUCCAGGUGCUGGUGUCGACUGCCACCCUGGCGUGGGGUGUCAACCUGCCCGCCCACACGGUCAUCAUCAAGGGCACCCAGAUCUACAACCCCGAGAAGGGCGCCUGGACCGAGCUCAGCCCGCUGGACAUCAUGCAGAUGUUUGGCCGUGCGGGCCGCCCCCAGUUCGACACCUACGGCGAGGGCAUCAUCAUCACCGGGCACUCGGAGCUCCAGUACUACCUCUCCCUCAUGAACCAGCAGCUCCCCAUUGAGAGCCAGUACAUCGCAAAGCUCGCCGACAACCUGAACGCGGAGAUCGUUCUCGGGACGGUGCAAACCGCGCGGGAGGCGUGCACGUGGCUGGGUUACACGUACCUGUACAUUCGGAUGCUGCGGAACCCGAUGCUGUACGGGGUGGGAAUAGGCGCCUUGGAGGACGACCCGCUGCUGGAGGAGCGGCGCGCGGACCUUAUUCACACCGCGGCGACCCUGCUGAACAGCACGAACCUGAUAAAGUACGACCGAAAGUCGGGCUCGUUCCAGGUGACCGACCUGGGCCGCAUUGCAAGCCACUACUACAUUACGCACGGUACGAUUGCGACGUACAACGAGCACCUGAAGCCGACAAUGGGCGACAUUGAGCUGUGCCGGCUGUUCAGCCUGAGCGAGGAGUUCAAGUACGUGGCGGUGCGCGAGGAGGAGAAGCAGGAGCUGGUUAAGUUGCUCGAGCGGGUGCCGAUUCCGGUCAAGGAAACCAUGGAGGAGCCCAGCGCUAAGAUCAACGUCCUGCUCCAGGCCUACAUCAGCCAGCUCAAGCUGGAGGGCCUCUCCCUAACCUCCGACAUGGUCUUCGUAACCCAGUCCGCGGGGCGCCUGCUCCGCGCCAUCUUCGAGAUCGUGCUCAAGCGCGGGUGGGCGCAGCUCACGGAAAAGGCGCUCAACCUGUGCAAAAUGGUUAAUCGCCGCAUGUGGGGCAGCCAGACGCCGCUGCGCCAGUUCACGGGGAUCCCCCGAGAUUUGCUGCAGCGCGUGGAGAAGAAGGAGCUCGCGUGGGAACGGUACUACGACCUGACCAGCCAGGAGAUUGGCGAGCUCAUCAGGUUUCCGAAAAUGGGCAAGACGGUGCACCGGUACAUCCACCUGUUCCCGAAGCUGGAGCUGGCAGCCGCUGUGCAGCCCAUCACGCGCAGCGUGCUCCGUGUGGACCUGACGAUCACGCCCGACUUCAUGUGGGACGAGAAGGUGCACGGGUUCGUGGAGCCGUUCUGGAUCAUCGUCGAGGACAACGACGGGGAGAGCAUCCUGCACCAUGAGUACUUCCUCCUACGCGCAAACGAGAUCGAGGAGGAGCACCAGGUCAGCUUCACGGUGCCCAUCUUCGAGCCGCUGCCCCCGCAGUACUUCGUCCGCGUCGUCUCCGACCGCUGGCUCUCGUCCGAGUCCGUUCUGCCCGUCUCGUUCCGCCACCUCAUUCUGCCGGAAAAGUACCCCCCCGCCACGGAACUCCUGGAUCUCCAGCCGCUGCCCAUUUCGGCGCUGCGGAAACCGGAGUUCGAGAAGCUGUACGAGGGGCGGUUCAGCCACUUCAACCCCAUCCAGACGCAGGUCUUCACCGUUCUGUACAACACGGACGACAACGUCCUGGUGGCCGCUCCGACCGGCAGCGGGAAGACGAUCUGCGCCGAGUUUGCGAUCCUGAGGAUGCUGCAAAAGGCGCCCAACGGGGGGCCUGGCGGAAGGUGCGUCUACAUCGCCGCCACCGAGGCGAUCGUCAAGGAGCGCGCCCGCGACUGGCGGCUCAAGUUCGCCGACGGCCUCGGCGUCCGCGUCGAGGAGCUCACCGGCGAGACGCAGGCCGACCUCAAACUCCUCGAGCGCGGCCAAAUCAUCCUCAGCACGCCGGAGAAGUGGGACGUCCUCUCGCGCCGCUGGAAGCAGCGCAAGAACGUGCAGACGCUCGCGCUGUUCCUCGCCGACGAGCUGCAUCUGAUCGGCGGCGAGAAAGGCCCUGUUUUGGAGGUCGUCGUCAGCCGGAUGCGGUACAUUUCCAGUCAGCUCGAGGGGAACAAGAUCCGGAUCGUGGGCCUCUCCAGCUCGCUCGCGAACGCCAAGGACCUCGGCGAGUGGAUCGGCGCGAGCUCGCACGGGCUGUUCAACUUCCCCCCCGGGGUGCGGCCCGUCCCGCUCGACGUCAGGAUCCAGGGGUAUGACGUUAGCAACUUCGAGGCGCGCAUGCAGGCGAUGGCGAAGCCCACGUACGGCGCGGUGGUCAACUUCGCGGUCCGAGCGGGCAAGCCGGCGCUCGUCUUCGUCCCGACGCGGCGCCACGCGCGGCUGACGGCGCUCGAUCUAAUUACGUUCUCGCGGGCGGAGGGCCGGGACCAGGGGUUAGCGCCGGCCGGAUUAGACCUAACCACGAACGAGGCGUUCAAGAGCCUGCAGGAACGGAUCCGGGAAGACGCGCUGAAGAAGGCGGUGGCGUAUGGCGUGGCGUAUCUGCACGAGGGGACGAGCGAGAGCGACCGGGACGUCGUCGAACAGCUGUACUCGUCGGGGGUGGUUAGCGUCGUGGUUUGCGCGGCUGGUUUGUGCUGGGGGUUAGCGCUCGCGGCGCACCUGGUCGUGAUCAUGGGCACGCAGUACUACGACGGGCGCGCGAGCGGGCGCGCGGACUACCCGAUCUCGGACGUCCUGCAGAUGAUGGGCCGCGCGAGCCGUCCGAACGAGGACGAGAUGGGGCGGUGCGUGAUCCUGUGCCACGCGCCGCGCAAGGAGUACUACAAGAAGUUCCUGUACGACGCGUUCCCGGUGGAGUCGCACCUGGACCACUUCCUGCACGACCACCUGAACGCGGAGGUCGUCGUGAAGACCGUCGAGAACAAGCAGGACGCCGUCGAUUGGCUGACGUGGACGUUUAUGUACCGUCGGUUGCUCCAAAACCCGAACUACUACGGGCUCCAGGGGGUGGAGCACCGCCACCUGUCAGAACACCUGUCGGACCUGAUCGAGAACACGGUGUCCGAUCUCGAGAAGUCGCGCUGCAUCGCGGUCGAGGACGACAUGGAUCUCUCCCCGCUCAACCUCGGCAUGAUCGCCGCUUAUUACUACAUCUCCUACACGACGAUCGAGCUCUUCAGCUCGUCGCUCACAGCCAAGACCAAGCUCAAGGGGUUGCUGGAGAUCGUCGCGGCCGCGAGCGAGUACUCGGGGCUGCCGAUCCGGCCGGGAGAGGAGGAGACGGUUAGGCGGCUGCUUAACCACGCGCGGUUUACGGUGGAGAAGGCCAAGUACGACGACCCGCACACCAAGGCGCACGCGCUGCUGCAGGCGCACCUGGGGCGGCAGACCGUGCCAGCCGGCGUUGCAGGCGACCUGAAGGCCGUGCUGUUGGACGUGUCCCGCUUGAUCCAGGCCAUGGUUGACGUCAUCUCCUCCAGCGGGUGGCUCAACCCUGCGCUUGCGGCCAUGGAGCUUUCGCAAAUGGUGACGCAGGGGCUGUGGGAGCGGGACAGCCCGCUGCUGCAGUUGCCUCACUUCACCAAGGAGCUCGCCGAGAAGGCCCAGGCCGCGGGCGUGGAGACCAUCUUCGACCUGGUCGAGAUGGAGGACGACGCACGCGAGGCGCUGCUGCAGUUCAGCGAGAGCCAGCUUGCUGACGUGGCGCGCGUCUGCAACCGCUACCCGAACGUGGACCUGUCGUACGAGGUCGUGGACGCGGACGAGGUGACGGCGGGCGAGGCGGUCACCGUGCAGGUGUCGCUGGAGAGAGAGUUGGAGCCCGGCCAAGAGGUGGGCCCGGUGGAUGCGCCCCGGUUCCCCAAGGCCAAGGAGGAAGGCUGGUGGCUAGUGGUCGGGGAUCCGAAGAGCAACACCCUGCUGGCGAUCAAACGGGUCAACUUGAACAAACGGCAAGCGAGCGUGAAGCUCGAUUUUACGGCCCCGAGCGAGGCCGGCAAGAAGACCUACACUUUGUACUUUAUGUGUGACUCGUACUUGGGAUGCGAUCAGGAGUACGAGUUUGAGCUGGACGUGAAGCCGGAGGGGGAGGAGAGUGACGAGGAUGGCCAGGCGAAUGGCAACGCGAUGGAUGAGGAUUAGCCUGUCUUGAAGUAAAGUUGUAAAGAGCAGGAACGUGACUUGCUUUCGGAGUAUGCUCAUUAUUGGUUCGAAGAGCAUAUCGGCCUGAAAGAUUAGAAGACAAGGUCCUGCCAUUGUAUAUCCAAGCUGCACAGCUGCUAUGCUUCGUUGAUUUGUUUCUCCGAAGUUGCGGUGUGCAGAUCAGCUAUACGCACUUGCCAAUGUCGG